AUGUCAUUUCGUAAGAUAUACUCUGCACAGAUAAAUUCGGUGACACCAGCAAAAUCCUCAAGUAGAAAUCAAACCCCUAAGCGAGGAAACAGCAAAGGCGAAAUAAAAAAGAAAGAAUUAGUCCCCAACCCUCCCAGCUACCCUAAGUCAGAAGUCCCGAAACGGAGAUUUCUGAUAAAAGAAAACCCAGAAAACAAAGAAAAUUCUAAAACUUUUAUGAUAAAUUUAGAAGACUUGAUAAUCCUUGAAGAAGACCUUUAUUUCCUCAUAGAGAACUUGAGGAUGGCUCCAGAUGCUGUAAGAGCAUGCGAAGAAUGAUGAGACUUGACAGCUGACAACACUUUAAACCAAAUAGACCUUCUAUAUCGUGACUUAAAAGUAAAGAGGCUCACAAAGCAAGCAUUGAUUUUUGAAGCUAUGGGUAUAGCUUUAACUCAUUAUUUUAUUAAUGAAGGGAUUACACAAAAUGAACAAAGCACAAUUUUAAAGGCCCUACUAUUUGAUCUUCAUCAAGGAUUUAUAGCUUUGAUAUUUCUUGUUUAAAUGAAUUAUCAGCAUAUUUUAUUAUAGAAAAAGGUAAUUAAUUUAUUUUUAUUAAUUAUAAACUUAUUUUGCCUAGAAUUUCAGAUGACUCCACAAAUAUGUGAGCUAUGAAGCUUAAUGAAAUUAUUACCCUAAAAUCUGGGCUAUCAGGGAAAGGCAAAGGAGAAAAAGAGCUAAAAAAAUAUAAUUCGCUGUCUGUAAAGCUUAUAAAGCAGAUAUGCAGAUCUUAUAUAGGAAGAAUUGAGGACAGAACCAUGAAAAAUCUGAAAUUAGCAUUUAUGCAAAUAUUGCAAAAUAUUGAAAAAAUAUCGAUUUUUAGAGCAAGGUUUUUGAUUGAGCGAGCCUUUGGAAUUGACACAUCUGAUCUGCCAGCAUUAAAUACUGAAAACCAAAGAGUAUCUCCGCCGUACUUGCGAAAUCCUCCUACAAAAGUGUUCACUUUAGUUCUUGAUUUAGACGAAACUUUAAUUCAUUAUUUUGAACUAGAAGAUAAAGGCCACUUUGCAGUCCGUCCCCAUACUUUGGAAUUUUUAAGAAGGGUUUCAGUUUAUUAUGAAAUUAUUCUUAAUUUAAUUUCUACAGCAGAAUAAAAUUGGUCAUAUUAUUAGAAGAAAAUUCAUUAUAAAAAGAAUAUUAUUUUCACGGCAUCAAUAUCUGAAUACGCUGAUUGAAUUUUGGAUGAAAUUGAUAAAGAGAAGCAUAUUAAUGCAAGGUUGUAUAGGCAGCAUGCAGUUCCAGCUGGCUUACAUUUUGUAAAGGAUUUGACGCUAUUAGGAAGGGAUUUAAAAAAAGUCAUUAUUAUAGAUAAUGUUGCAGAAAAUUUCCAGUUGCAGCCUAUGAAUGGGAUUCAGAUAAGAACAUGGAUUAAUGAUCCAAAUGACUGCGCAUUAGAAGAGCUGGCUACCGUUCUUGAAGAAAUUGCUAAAAAACAAGUGCCAGAUGUAAGAGAAGCCUUAAAACAACUAAGAGAUCAGAUGAUAGAGCAAAUAUCUCACUCUCAAGGAAUAAAAAAUCCUCAGCUGAAGCUUGAAAAUUCUAAGGAUGUGCUUGAAUAA